AUGAAACAAUUAACAUCACUUAAUAUAUCUUACAAUCAAAUUGGUGAUGAAGGAGUCAAAUUCAUAAGUGAAAUCAAACAAUUAAAAUCACUUGAUAUUUAUAACAAUCAAAUUGGUGAUGAAGGAGCCAAACUCAUUAGUGAAAUGAAACAAUUAACAGCACUUAAUAUUUAUAACAAUCAAAUUGGCGAUGAAGGAGCCAAAUUCAUAAGUGAAAUGAAACAAUUAACAGCACUUAAUAUUUAUAGCAAUCGAAUUGGUACUGAAGGAGUCAAAUUGCUAAGCGAAAUGAAACAAUUAACAGCACUUGUUAUUAAUAACCAACAGAUGAAAUCUAUUAAUUAA